GUGCAGUAGUCACGAAUUGGCACACAGCGCAAGCCCCCUUGGGGCAACAGUGCACUGGCUCCAUAGACGCCCCCAGAGUCCAAUCGUCGCUCAGAAGAACGCCCCUUGUCUCGCUCAUCAAAUCGACUCGCGCUUGCACGGGUCUCCGGUAGAGCGAAUCGUGCAUUGCCACGGAGAAUUGUGGCUAUCACAUACACAAUAAGCGCACCGUGCCCGUGGUUUCUUUUUUUUUAAAAAACGCGUAUUACGUUUUGGAUCAGCUGAGCGCGGUGCCCCUUCCCGGCUUCCGUAAGAGGCGUCGUCUCCCGUUACAUCACUGCCAGGCAGGCAAGCCCCAGCCGAGCGACACAACAACAACAAACAAACAGACUCAUCUACAACAACAAUUAGACAGGCAGCCUCUCAGCAGACAUGAACAGGAUCUUCGGGCGUAGCAAGGCGAAGGUGCCGCCAGCCAGCCUCACGGACUGCAUUGCCAAUGUGGAGAGUCGAGGGGAAUCUAUCGACAAGAAAAUCACCAGGCUGGAAGUGGAGCUGAAGAAGUACAAGGACCAGAUGAACAAAAUGAGGGAUGGACCUGCCAAGAACCUUGUGAAGCAAAAGGCUUUGAGAGUCCUCAAGCAAAAACGAACGUACGAACAGCAGAGGGACAACCUGAGCCAGCAAUCCUUCAACAUGGAGCAAGCAAACUAUACUAUCCAGACACUCAAAGACACAAAAACCACGGUCGAUGCAAUGAAGAUCGGUGCAAAGGAAAUGAAGAAAGCAUACAAACAUGUUGAUCUAGAAGACAUUGAGGAUUUACAAGAUCAGAUGGAAGACAUGAUGGGUGAAGCUGAUGAAAUUCAGGAGGCCCUGGGCAGGAGCUAUGAAAUGCCAGAGGUGGACGAUGAUGAACUUGAAGCAGAGCUGGAGGCCCUGGGGGAUGAGCUCUUGGCGGAUGAAGAUGCAUCUUACCUGGAUGAAGCAUCUACUGCCCCGGCUGCUCCAGACUCAGUCCCCAAUGACAAGACCACCACCAAGGAUGGAGUGCUGGUGGAUGAAUUUGGUUUGCCACAGAUACCUGCUUCAUAAAGUACCCAAAAUACCAAACUGAGAAUUAUUGGUUCAUGUUAUUGGCUAAUAGUUUCACGUGAAAUUGCAUGCAAAAUCCCUAACAAAGCAGAUCUUUGGUAGGAAAGAUUAGUAUGACAGUUGUAUUUUACAUUGUUGACUUAGGAGGGAAAGGCCCUCAUACCAAGAAGUGCAAUCAGCACUAUAAAUGCAUUCAUCUUUCUUACGUGUUGAUGAACGAGGAUAUAUUCCUCUACCCUUAUUUACUCAAAUUAUCUUUUGAGCACUCCGCACAUUAAAUGGAGACUGCCAAUUCAUAUGCAUUGAUGGUGUUUCUUGCUUUUGUAUUAUAAUUAACUUCCUGAUACUGCAACCAUUGCAAAAUAAGGCCCAAAGUUUCUUAGUUUUACUUAUUACUCUAAUAACCAUGAGCCCAGUAGCUGUGAGAAUUCCACAUUCCUAUGGUAAGGGUCUGUAUCGUUAAAAACAACCACUGUUGGCUAUCUGUACAGUGAUACUCGAUUAUCUAUGAACCCUGUAAGGAUGAUAAACUGAUUUGACCUGCAACCAGGAUUUUAACUUGGUCUUUUGAUUUAAAUUGAGCACUGCCACCUGGCCGAAUAUUAACUUGACAUCAUAUAUUACUGUAGUUAUGUUUAUGCAUUAUAUGUUAAUACUCUGCAUGUAACAAUUCACUCUAUUAAUUCGCACCAUUAAGGGUCACACCUUGAUUAAAUAAUUAUUUUUUGCCACUAUCCAUGUCGAAUCCAUAGUAGCUGGAUUUUCCAUGAACCAAUCAUAAUACAUGCGCAAUUUGGUGUAUGGUUCACAGCUAAGAAUCUUAUUUAUAUCAAAUAUGCCCAAUGACGUAUUAUAUUAGCGAUAUGACAAGUGACGUACCUGCAUAUCUAAAACUCUUAUUUUAUGCAUAGGCACAAUUGAAGUGUUGCUUUGUGUUAGCAAAUGGAAAGUUAUUUAAUGCAUCCGAAAACAUGGAGUUAUGUUUAUGGUAAGUAAAGGUCAUUGUUUCUUGGUCUUAAAGCCCACAAAGAGCUACGAAACAGUGCUCUGUAAGCUAAAGUUGCACAUGUACAUAUUUUUUUCGAUAUGGAAAGUGUCCACGUAGUAUUAACAAAAAAGUAUUUUGUAUUUCAAUUUUAAAAAAUUGCGCUGAUUGUGGUGGAACGAUCGGUAGUUUGAACUGGAUUCUAACCAAGUGGUGACAUUACAAAACGCGGUGACCAGGCACGCACGGAGAAGCGACAUAACGCGCAUUUGUAAUUGGUAUUUAAAAAUAAAAUUCCCCACCAAAAUGUAACUGAAAGAAGAACGGUAAUAACGUAACAAGUGAGACGUUAACCGAAUUAAAUGUUAAUUUAUGUCAAACUGAAUUACGAAUUUCCGUAAAUCUAACAAAGAGAGUGGGUUCAUCUGUACUUGAUUUGGAUCAUUGCAAUCGGCACUUCCGACUGGCAGAUUUGCCCGAUUGCAGGCCUGGUGCUGUCACCAUGAGGGUGAACUUUCAAAUGUUUCAGAUGAGAUGUGAUGAUAUCAUACAAUUUAUAUUAUACUUUUGUUUUAAGCAUGUUGAAGAUGCGAUAUUUAUCUUGCAAACAUUUAGUGAUGUUAAUUAUACGUGUAGAUGCUGCUACAUUAGAAGCGAAUUACAUUGUGUAAAUAGUGUGCUAAAAUUUUGAGAUAAAACUUGUUUGUGUGUAUUUAUAAUCAGUUUUCAGUCCCCAGAGGGGAAAGGAUUGUAGGUAAAGUGUAAGAAGCAUCAGUUAUGAAGGUGUAAUGCAUUGGUCAAUAAACAUACACAAGAUGUAAUGGUGA